GAGGAGGGAGGAGGGCGUGUUCUGAUUGGCGGGUUGGAGGAAGAAUGGCACUCUCGCGUCUAAUCAGAUCGCUUCUUCUGUUUACCUUUAAACCAACCGCUGGCCGGUGACGCGCGAUCAGGGGCGGAGAGCAUCCAAUGAGGAGAGAGAGAAGGUUUUUUAAAUUUCUCGGCGGUUGCGCGGCGGGUCGAGUUCAGGAGCCGCGCCGCUGAAUUGAGAGUAAAUAUCGAGGAGUCAUGUCUAUCAAAGAGAAUUUGCCCCCAGCUAGCACCUCCACACCGCAGUUUUUAACCCCUCUUGGGAUCGGUGGUCCUCAGCGUGUCCCGAAGAGCAGUUCUGGAGCCAGUGUCCGGACCGUGGCAGUGUCGGGUCCUGGGAGAGUCAUGGCUGAACCCCCUGCCCAGGAGCAGUUCUCUCUCAAGGAUUUCGAUAUCGGCCGACCGCUGGGGAAGGGGAAGUUCGGGAACGUGUACCUGGCCCGGGACAGGGAGAUUAACUUCAUACUGGCCCUCAAGGUCAUGUUCAAGUCCCAGAUCGAGAAGGAGGGAGUGGAGCACCAGCUUCGCAGAGAGGUCGAGAUCCAGUCCCGUCUCAGGCACCCCAACAUCCUGCGCUUCUAUAACUACUUCCACGACCGCAAGCGCGUGUUUCUGAUGCUGGAGUACGCGCCGCGGGGGGAGCUGUACAAGGAGCUGCAGCGCUGCCAACGCUUCGACGAGCAGCGCAGCGCCACGUAUAUAGAGGAGGUGUCGGAUGCCCUGCAGUAUUGCCACGAGCAGAAAGUGAUCCAUCGAGACAUCAAGCCAGAGAACCUGCUGCUGGGCUUCAGGGGGGAGCUCAAGAUAGCGGACUUUGGCUGGUCUGUGCACGCGCCCUCCAUGAGGCGUAAGACGAUGUGCGGGACUCUGGACUACCUCCCCCCUGAGAUGAUUGAAGGGAAGACCUACAGUGAGAAUGCAGACUUGUGGUGUGUGGGGGUGCUCUGCUACGAGUUCCUGGUCGGGACCCCCCCCUUUGAGACCGCCAGCCACAGCGAGACCUACACCCGGAUCACCAAGGUGGACAUGCAGUUCCCCAGCAUCGUCUCUCCCGGCGCGCAGGACCUCAUCUCCAGGCUCCUCAGGCACUGCCCCUCCAUGCGGCUGCCCCUGAAGAAAGUGCUGGAGCACACCUGGGUGAAAACCAACUCUCGCAGGGUGCUGCCCCCAGUGUACCACCCCAAGAGCUGAGCCCAGGCCAGCCACACGCGUGUUACAACCGCCCCCACACGCCUACUGCUGCUGCUCAGGCGAAGGUGUGCCUUGGUCACAGUAAAACCAGGAAUGGAUCCGAGUGCUAUGCAAUGGUGGGGUGGGAUGGUGGUGUAUUUCCAGCCCUGUUCCUGAAGAGGGACCUGCUUUUAAACCACACCUGGACUCAAAGGACUGGGAGAAAAGAAAUGGAAGUCUGGAAAAAGUAUAGAAUUUCGCUGUUGAAAAAGUGUAUGAACCGUGAUAGAUGGAUGAUAGAGAGAAUAUUUUACCAGCCGCCCUUACCGACUGUACUGGACCAGCUCCAAGCAGUGCUGCUGUCGAAAAGACUGAAUGAGAUUGCGCCCAGUUACAUAGAAUUUACAAUUACAACCAGUGCAUCCAUAUUACAAACCAGUUACAGCACCAGUGGCUAUACUGGCACUCAUACUGAAAAUGGGUACAACGGAAAAGCAAGGCGGGCCUUCAUAUAUUAACAAGGUAUUCAUUUUUGUGAUGGCAUGUGUAUUAAAAAGGCAACAAAAAAUUAUAUGACGUGUUUGUGACUCUGUGUAGCCCAAUAGGACAGAGUAGAGUGGAACAGAGUAGAAUUUAGAAGGAGGUUAGAAAUGACAUCUUCAAACUCUUAGUCUGGUCAAAGCUGGCUUGGUCUGUUGACUGCAGAGCUGUUCCACCGGGGUGGGGGUUCAGAUUCAAGAGGAAAGCGUUACUUUUACAAUGCAACACACAAGCUGAUCACAAUAUAUUGUUUUAAACUGCAUAUUUACAUACAGUUUUAUUAUAUUUAUUUUUUACAAAUACAUUUUCUACUUUGAGUACAGUUACAGGUGUCAACAGAACCAUAUAAUUAUCAUACCACACUUACAACUUGUAAUAUGUUAUUUUCUGUUGCGGUUUUCACUAAAAGACGGCCCCCCCCCCCCCCCCCCCCCCCACCGAAAAGAAGCUGUAACAUUACCCAGAAUUGCUGUUCCCUCCAAGUACAAAGGAUUCUGGGUAACGCCUGCAUGUCCACACUCACUGAGGAUACACAACACAUUUACUUCAAGUUGUAGUCAAAGCAAGCAGCCUUAUAGAAACCUGUGGGCCCCAUUUUCACUCCUGGUUUUGGAAGCAAAGACUUCUGGGAAGGCUU